AGCCGUUUUUCUUUAACCCUCUCUGCAAAACCAGCCACCCCAGCAACCCGAAACGCUCCUCUCUCUCUCUCUCUCUCUCUCUCUCUCUCAAUCAAUUCAUGGAGGAAUCCAAUCAAUCCAACAUUCCACGACUUUUCUGAGUCCACAAUGAGUCUACCAUGUCAUUAAAAUUUCAUACCUGAGUCGGCAAAGAACAACAGCAACAACAACGUUAACAAUGUCUGAAGUGGAUCACUUGCUGUCAAAGAAGGUCGCCGAUCGGUACCUCAAGCGCGAAGUCCUCGGCGAAGGAACCUAUGGAGUUGUCUAUAAAGCUAUUGACACCAAGACAGGACAGACAGUUGCAAUUAAAAAGAUUCGGCUUGGGAAGCAGAAGGAAGGGGUGAAUUUCACAGCUCUUAGAGAAAUUAAAUUGCUGAAGGAGCUAAAGGAUCCAAAUAUAAUCGAGUUGAUUGAUGCAUUCCCUCAUAAGGGGAAUUUGCAUCUUGUGUUUGAGUUCAUGGAGACGGAUCUAGAAGCUGUCAUUCGUGAUAGAAAUAUUGUUCUUUCACUAUCUGAUAUAAAAUCGUACCUUCAAAUGACCUUGAAGGGACUUGCUUUCUGCCACAAGAAAUGGGUCUUGCAUAGGGAUAUGAAACCAAACAAUUUGUUGAUAGGAUCUCGUGGACAGCUUAAACUUGCGGAUUUUGGUUUAGCUCGUAUAUUUGGGAGCCCGGAUCGUAGGUUCACUCACCAGGUCUUUGCUCGAUGGUAUAGGGCACCUGAGCUGCUGUUUGGAGCCAAGGCUUAUGGUCCUGCUGUGGAUGUUUGGGCUGCAGCUUGUAUAUUUGCUGAACUCCUCCUACGUCGACCUUUUCUGCAGGGUAAUAGUGAUAUUGAUCAACUGGGAAAAAUCUUUGCUGCUUUUGGGACUCCAAAGCCGUCUCAGUGGCCUGAUAUAAAAUACCUCCCUGACUACGUGGAAUACCAAUAUGUUCCUGGACAGCCUCUUCGUCAAUUAUUUCCAAUGGCUAGUGAUGAUGCUUUAGAUCUCUUGUCAAAGAUGUUCACAUAUGACCCAAAAGCGAGAAUUUCUGCGCUCCAGGCAUUAGAGCAUAGGUACUUCUCAUCUGGCCCACCUCCUACAGAACCAGCAUUGCUCCCAAGACCUCCCCCAAAGAAGGAAUCUCUGAAUUCAAAGGUUUCGGAUUUCAAUAUACAUGAGGGUCCUACUGUGUUGUCCCCUCCCAGAAAGUCAAGAAGAGUGAUGCCAAAUCAUGAGGGAUUUGAGGGAAAUGAAUACCAAUUAGAUGAUGCGAAAGAAGGCAGACCAGCAGCCCGUGAGAGGACUGAACACGUGCCGAUGCCACUAGAUUUUUCUGUCUUUGGAUCAAGACCUCCUACUAGACCUACUAUUAACAGUGCUGACAGAUCACACCUAAAGAGGAAAUUGGAUCUUGAGUUUCAACUUCCCGAAGAAGAAGACGAAGAAUAAUCUAAUAUAUACACCUAUUCAUAGAUUGGAUAUUAUUGUGAGGGAUCACUGCUUUAUGAGGGGAAUGCAGAGUCACAAGUGAAAAUAGCUCAUCGUCAUAUCACAGUAUUGAAGAGAGAGUCCCAAAAAUUCGGUGAAGAAAUAGAAAGUACCCUCUUUUGUGAUCCUGAGAGAUAAGUGUACACUAGCUUCUGCAAGACGAUUUUGAAGAUUUUUCUUAUUAUAAUUAAUGAUGCUUGAAUAUGGUCAGAUCAACGAAUCAGUGUAAUAAAAUCCCAACAUCUGAUUUUGUAUGUAAAUCGGUUUUAGGGCGACCUUUAUCAUGAUAGAUGUUUGUUUUUCAUAACUUGUUGGUUGAUGGUAUCAAAGUUUGCCAUUCUAUACAUUAUUUGUUCCAUGACAUUGUAUUCAAUGUUUCGUAAUUUACUUGUGCCUUUGUUUUGUUC